AUGGCCGAACCUCAAUCGACUCGAGCUCCCCAACCUUCCACGACCUCCGAAUCAGAGUCUGCGUUCUUCUCACCACGGUCACGGCGUCAAUUGAGUCUCUUUGCAGCAGGAGUUGGUUUCUUUGCACUAUCUACAGCCAUCACACGACGUUCGAUCGUGCGGCGAUACAAAGCAACAGCCCCCAAAUUCUACCAACCCAGCAAUCAACCAAAUUCAAAUAUCAAUGGUGCGAUGGAAGCAUUUGAAGCUCUAAACAUUGCUACGGUGAAUGUGUUCAGUGUGGGAAUGAUGGUCACUGGGGGAUUGCUAUGGGCUUUUGAUAUUGCGUCGUUAGAUGAUAUGAGGUCGAAGGUUCGGACAAAUCUAGGGGUGGAUCCCAUACGAACCGAUCAGGAUGCGGAGGAUGAGAUUGAGGAAUGGUUUGCGUCUGUGCUUGCCAGGAAAGAGUUCAAGGCUCUGCGAGGAGAGAAGGGGAUCAAAACGAAAGACGAUGAGGACGAGAAGAAAUCAUAA